AUGGCGUACUCAAUAUUAAACACAACCCCAUCUUUGGUUACUAUUUUCACGUCAUUUAUCGCGUUUUUUUCGAUAUCUUUCGCCUCGGGGGAGUUAAGCUUACCGGCUUCGACUAUUUCGGCUGCUCCGGCAAUCUCGCCGGAUUUCAUAUCUCCGGCUUCUUCGCCGCCGGCAUUGUCGCCGGACAUUUUUCCUCUUUUUCCAACACCCAGUGGGCCCGCGCUUUCUCCGGGCGACUCCUCAUUGCCCUUGAUUCCUUCGAGCCUGAGCCCACCUAAUCCCGACCCAAUGGAGGCUCAUGGCCCAGUAACGGUAUUUGGGCCUUCACAGGAAUAUGGGCUUACACAGGGUUCGUUUUCGAACCGGGUCGAUUUGAGCUUGGUGGUGUUUGUGUUUGGUGGUGUUUUGGUAAAUGCAGCUCUUUAG